CACUUGGAAAAUCAUCCAGAGGUUCAGUGCUGAGGGAAUGCUUUGAGAGCAUGGCUGGAGCAGGACACGGAGUCUGGGCACGGAAUGCAGGUGAUGUGGGAUGCCGCUCUCCGCCUCCCUGCUGGGUCUGUGCCGUGGCGCCGUGAUCCCGCUCCGCUCGCGCCGCUCCCGGGGCUCCGCAGCAGCUCCCAGCAAGGAGCCAUGAGGAGGUUUGGCUACUGCAGGGUGGUCCUGGCCACAUCGCUGCUCUGGGUGCUGCUGGACGUGUUCCUGCUGCUCUACUUCAGCGAGUGCAACAAGUGCGACGACAGCAAGGAGCGCUCGCUGCUGCCGGCGCUGCGGGCCGUUAUUUCCCGGAACCAGGAAGGCCCUGGGGAGAUGGGCAGGGCCGUGCUCAUUCCCAAGGAGGAGCAGGAGAAGAUGAAGGAGCUGUUCAAGAUCAACCAGUUCAACCUGAUGGCCAGCGACCGCAUCGCCCUGAACCGCAGCCUGCCCGACGUGCGGCUGGACGGGUGCAAGACCAAGGUGUACCCGGAGGAGCUGCCCAACACCAGCGUGGUGAUCGUGUUCCACAACGAGGCGUGGAGCACGCUGCUGCGCACCGUGCACAGCGUCAUCGAGCGCUCCCCGCCGCGCCUGCUGGCCGAGAUCGUCCUGGUGGAUGACGCCAGCGAGAGAGAGUUUUUGAAGGCCUCCUUGGAGAAUUACGUGAAAAAGCUGGAAGUGUCCGUAAAAAUCCUGCGGAUGGAGCAGAGGUCGGGGCAUCGGGCACGGCUCCGAGGGGCAGCAGCUUCCAAGGGCCAGGUGAUCACAUUCCUGGAUGCCCACUGCGAGUGCACCCUGGGCUGGCUGGAGCCGCUCCUGGCCCGCAUCAAGGAGGACAGGAAAACCGUGGUAUGUCCCAUCAUCGACGUGAUCAGCGACGACACCUUCGAGUACAUGGCGGGCUCGGACAUGACCUACGGAGGCUUCAACUGGAAGCUGAACUUCCGCUGGUAUCCCGUGCCCCAGAGGGAGAUGGAGCGCAGGAAAGGGGACAGGACCUUGCCUGUCAGGACCCCAACUAUGGCUGGUGGCCUGUUUUCUAUUGACAGGAGCUACUUUGAAGAGAUAGGAACUUACGAUGCAGGAAUGGAUAUCUGGGGUGGCGAGAAUCUUGAAAUGUCCUUUAGGAUCUGGCAGUGUGGGGGCUCCCUGGAGAUCGUCACCUGCUCCCACGUUGGCCACGUUUUCCGGAAGGCCACUCCCUACACGUUCCCGGGAGGCACCGGCCACGUCAUCAACAAGAACAACCGGAGGCUGGCUGAGGUCUGGAUGGACGAGUUCAAGGAUUUCUUCUACAUCAUCUCCCCGGGGGUGGUGAAGGUGGAUUAUGGAGAUGUUUCUGCCAGGAAGGCCCUCCGGGAGAGCCUCCACUGCAAACCCUUCUCCUGGUACCUGGAGAACGUCUACCCCGACUCGCAGAUCCCACGGCGCUACUACUCCCUGGGAGAGAUCAGGAACGUUGAAACCAACCAGUGCUUGGACAACAUGGGCCGCAAGGAGAACGAAAAAGUGGGAUUUUUCAACUGCCACGGCAUGGGAGGGAACCAGGUGUUCUCCUACACGGCGGACAAGGAGAUCCGCACGGACGACCUGUGCCUGGACGUGUCGCGGCUCAACGGCCCCGUGCUCAUGCUCAAGUGCCACCACCUGAGGGGCAACCAGCUCUGGGAGUACGAUGCCGAGUAUUUUGGGAAAUGGGAAUAUAGCUUCGAGAAGCUCACCCUGAGGCACCUGAACAGCAACCAGUGCCUGGCGGAGCCGUCGGAGGAGGACCGGCUGGUGCCCACCAUGCGGGAGUGCGGGCCCGGCCGCGCCCAGCAGUGGCUGCUGCGCAACAUGACCCUGGCCGCCUGAGCCCGCCGCUCCCGCCGUGCUGGAGAGAGCCCAGUCCCGACCCCAGCCGAGUCACGGGGGCUUCCCGGUGCCACAGGCGCCCCUGGACCCCUCGGAGCCUCCGAGUGAUCCAAGGCCUGCUGGUAGCGACUCCAGCGUGCUCCAGAGAUUCCACAGGCACCAUCCGCUGGAGAAGUUGGGAUAUGGAGGUGGGGCUGUCACCACGGAGAGGUGGCCCAGUAUAAAAGGCUUUGUGGCACCAGUUUGGCACUGGGAGCCAUGCUGGGAGGCGUGGCUAGAGCUGGUGGGAUGUGCUGGGCUCUCCUGGAAAAGCUGGAGGAGAUCCUGGAGAAUAUCCUGGAGGACCUUGGGUGUUCUCUCAUGCCCAGCGGGAUUUGGCAGCACCAAAGCUUCCUGGGUUGUGCGGGGAAAAAAUGGGAUCUGGUGCUGGGAAAACCAGGCCAAGACUGCACUUCACCAGGAAUCCCAACAGGAGACACGGGAAUGCCGAGGGGAAGGAACGGCACACACGGGACCUCGCAGUGACACGGAGGGAACUGUCCCCUCCUUGCAUGGGACUGGAAUUGUCCUCUCCAUGGGAAUGGAACUGGGGCCGGAGCUGGGGCUCAGGGAACAGCUGGAAGGACCCAGAGUGCCCCUCUGAGGCCCCAGAGCCUGGAGAGCCUCCAUCCCUCCAUCCCCAACUCAUCCAUGAAUCCCUGCAUCCCGCAGGCCUCAGGCAGAGCUCAGUCCCUGCAUCCCCUCCCAGCUCUGCCUCCAGCUGUUCCCGCUCCCGUAGGAACCACAGAGGCUCCUCUCUGCCUUUGGGAAUUUUGGGGCUCGAUCCUUCUGUGGGCGUGGCUGUUCCCAAAGCGCCGCUGGCACUCGGGAGCUGCUCCCAGCCGGGAUGUGGGGACAGGGCCUGUCCAUGCGGGGACAUUCCCGAAAUGUGUGGGGGACAUUCAUUUGGGGGCCACCCCAAUGCAGCUGUGUCCCUCUCUGGGCUGGGAUUUUGGGAAUUCUCAGUGCCCAGGGGCUUCAGGAGACUGAAAUCCCAGGGCAGCGGGAUCCCAGCAGGCGUAAGUGGGGAAAUACUUCCCAGGAUUUCCCUCACAGUUCCCACAAACCUCUGUAAAUGCACUGGGUCAUUAAAAAUGCCGGUAUUUUCUGUA